AUGAACAUGGAGCUACUUGAAACAAAUAGAAAAUAUGUCUUACCAUUAGAUACUGUAGACUUGUCACUCCUAUCAACAUUGAAUGUUGCUCCAAAGCACCACAGUAAUUUGUUGCCUUUAUGGAGUAAAAAUAACUUAACAUUAAGAAAUGAAGAUUGCUAUUUCGAAUUUGAGAUAAAAGAUAAGGAGGACAUCUCUGAAAUGGAAACAUAUUAUGAUAAAAUUAAAUUUGGAAUUGAUGAUAAACAAGAUAUCUCAGAGUCGAAGGCCACAUAUUUGGAUAAUACUAAAAGCCAUUGCAUUCUGUGCAAUGAGUUAGUCGAAAGUGCUGAUUUCCACGCACUUUGCAACAAAAGACACGAAGCGUCGUUGAAAAGUGCCAUCUUGUUAUCUGAAGAGGAAAAUGAGAGCCAAAUAAAAAUUGAAACACGAAGUGAUGAUAACAAAACAAAUAUUACUCCAUUUGAAAGUAAUGAAGAAAAAGAACCAAAAGAUUGCGCUACUAAAACUACCGAUAUUAAUAUAAAGAACGCACAGUCGGAGCUUGAAAAGAAUGAGAGUGUUGUACGAUCGAAAGCUAGUAAAACUGAUACAUCUAAAGUUAAGAAUUUUUUUUGCAGUGUCUGUUACGUUUCACUUCACAAAAAAGAUAUUCGUUCACAUAUACGUACGCAUAAAGCGGCCGAAUGCAUGUUGGAGUAUUGUAUUGAAGCUGAUUAUUUAGACAUAGACAUAGACAUAGAUUUCGAAAGAAAGCUUAGUACAAAAUUAACAGGCAACGAUAUUAAACAACGGUUUUGUGUCGUUUGCCAAGAAAAUGUACCAAACAAUACCCAUUGCAUCAGUAAACAUUUCAGUGGAAAUUUGCAUAAACAUAAUGUGGCUAACUACCAAACGUGCACAAAACAUGUUAAGAGCACUCGUGGGAAUUUGGAAAGUGUAUCUAAAAUUGAAGAAGAAAAUGCUAGUAUUAAUCCUCCAUCGGAGAUAUUUUUGAAGGACACGUCGUCAGAAAGUGUUGCUAUAAAUAUUCCAGUCGCUAAAGGAAACGGAGAAAUAGAUACAAAAAAAGAUACAAACUCAAACCCUAUAACACAAACAGCAAGUGAACAAGAUAUUAAAAAUUCAAUCUCCGUUACUAGUGAAACAGCGGAAGAUGUCUUAGAAAUCACGUUAAAUCCGAACGAGUUGAGGUGCAGCAUAUGCUUAGUGAUAAUUCCAAAUAAAACACAGAAUAUUCAAGAUCACUUUAAUGGGUACAACCAUAAUAAUAGUGCUAGAAUACUGGUACAGAACCGGUUGAAGCUGAUAGGGAACCAGUAUUUUUGUGACGGCUGCCGUGAACAUGUGACUGUAGGAGACCAAUUCGAUCAUAUAAAUAAGCGAUCCCAUGCAGUGAAUAUGAUCAGAACUUUAACUAAUGAUAUAGUAAAUGCUUUAGCAGAAAACAAAGAUAAAAGAGAUACCAAGUCAUAUAAAGAUACUAUAAUCAAGAGACAAGAUCAAGUCUGCCAAGUCUGUAAUGUAAAAGUACCUAAAAUAAAGUAUCAAUUGAAAAUGCAUAUAGAAGGACGAAAGCACGUCAGAAAUCUGCGAGAAAUAUUAUCAAAUAACAAAAUACUAGAAAAAGAUGACUGCUUUAAUUGUUCUGUGUGCCAGACAGUACUGACUAAAGAUGCUCUUUUCAAUCACUUAAAAGACCAAAAUCACUUAACAGCCUUGAGGACGAAACUGCCGAAUAGCAUUCUUACGACCUUAUUCCGAAACACGGAAGAAAUAUAG